CAACCACCACCCCCCCUAGAAAGAGAGAAAAAGUAGGUUUCUUCAUUUAGAAUUCUGAUAGAAAAGAGAUAAAACAGAGUCUGUUAUGAUGAUGACCAUGGUUCAGAGGAGAGGAGGUGUUGACUCUUCGGCAGCGUACAACGUUGUCCAUAAGCUACCUCACGGUGACAGUCCUUAUGUCCGAGCCAAACAUGUUCAGCUGGUGGAGAAAGAUGCAGAAGCAGCGAUAAAGUUGUUUUGGAGAGCGAUUAAAGCGAGAGAUAGAGUUGAUAGUGCUCUUAAAGACAUGGCUUUGUUGAUGAAACAACAGAAUAGAGCUGAGGAAGCCAUUGAAGCUAUUCAUUCCUUUAGAGAUCUUUGUUCUAGGCAAGCUCAAGAAUCACUAGACAAUGUCCUCAUCGAUCUUUUUAAGAAAUGUGGGAGGAUUGAAGAGCAAGUUGAGUUAUUGAAGCAAAAGCUUUGGAUGAUAUAUCAAGGAGAAGCUUUCAAUGGCAAACCAACAAAGACUGCCAGAUCUCAUGGCAAGAAAUUUCAGGUCACGGUCGAGAAAGAAACCUCUAGGAUCUUGGGAAACUUGGGAUGGGCUUAUAUGCAGCUACGGGACUACACAGCGGCUGAAACCGUUUACAGGAAAGCUCAAGUGAUAGAGCCAGAUGCUAACAAGGCUUGUAAUUUAUGCACAUGUCUUAUCAAACAAGGGAAGUACGAUGAGGCGAGGUCGAUUCUCUCUCUUCAUGUACUAACAGAGAACAAAGAUGGGUUUGGUGAUCCGAGGUUGAAAGCUCGGGUUCAAGAGAUUUUGAGUGAGCUAGAUCCACAGGAGAAGGAAGCACCGGUUUUAGCUUCUGUGUCUGUGGAAUGUGAUGUUGGUAUGGAUGAGAUUGCAGUUGUUGAAGGGUUUGAUGAUUUUGUGAAAGAAUGGAGGAGGCCUUAUAGGACAAGAAGACUUCCGAUUUUCGAAGAAAUCUUACCACUGAGAGAUCAAUUAGCUUGUUGAUGAUUCUCUGUGUGUUUUUGUGAUUUUUAUGGUUUGAAUACGGAAUAGAAACUUUUUGGUUAGAAGAAUGUAGUAAUAUAGAGUUUACUUCUUGUAAGCUUUUGUUUUGGGUGUCGUUAUCUGUUAUCACUGUAAUGUCAAAUAGAAUCUCAUUCCAAAUAGUUGAUGUUAUAUCUGUAAAAUAUAAAGGGAUCAGAUCAUGUGUCAA